UUCUUCGCGUGCAAAACAAGUUAUUUUAGUAGCGCUGGUCUUUAUUUUUCUCAUUUUUUUUUCGUACAGACAGUGAUUUUUUAUUUUAGACGGUCUCAUAGUAUUGGUUAUUGUUAUUAUUGUGCAAUUGAUCAUAAGCGACGCAAUAUGUCGCAAUUUCUCAUCAGUUUUUUGGCUUUUUCAACUUUCUUUCACCUCAUAACCUGCGAUGGGUACUUCACAAUUGUAGGCUCAAAAGUCAUUCGUCCAGAUACUGAUUAUCAUUUAGCAAUAACAAGUCAGGGAUACAAAGAUCCCACAUCUUAUAAAAUUAGCAUCAAUGGAACUGACGACGACGGUGGAAAUUAUCAGCAGUCAAAAGACAUCACAAUAUCCAGCGAUGGCACACAAACACUCAUUUUUGAUCUCAAAAAUCUCCGUCAAGGCGAUUAUAAAUUAGAUGUCAUGAGCACCAAUGGAGUUGAGUUUCAUAAAAGUGUGGAUUUAGACUUAAACACGAAGAAACAUUCAGUAUUAGUGCAAACAGACAAAAGUAUUUACAAGCCAGGCGAUAAAGUUCAAUUUAGAGUGCUUGUUCUAGAUUCUAGUACACGACCAUACUUGUCAACAAAUGUACAAGUUUAUGUUACAGACGGUGGAAAGAAUCGUAUUAAGCAGUUUGAUAAUGUUCGGCUAGUAAAAGGAGUUUAUCAAGAUGAAUUGCAGUUGUCAGAUUUACCGGUUAUGGGAACAUGGCUGAUUCAUGUAAAAGUCGAUAACGGAGAUGAAUCUUUUAAAUCAUUUGAAGUUGCUGAAUAUGUCUUGCCAAAAUAUGAAGUCAUUGUUGACUCUAAUCCUCAUGUGACAUUUAAGGAUGGAAAAAUUCGAGCCACAGUUCGUGCAAAAUACACAUACGGGAAACCAGUUAAAGGACAAGCUACAGUCUCAGCAUAUCCAGUAUUAUGGCUAGGAGCUGUUCAACCCUUCAUUCAAGACAGCAUUGUCCGUAAAGUCAUUCAAGUUGAUGGAAAAGGAUCGACAGAAUUCGACAUUCGUAAUGAAUUGAAAAUUGAGAGUGAUUAUGAACGUUAUGUCAAUAUCGAAGCUAUAUUUGAGGAAGAGCUGACAGGACGUAGACAAAAUGGAACAACACAAAUCACCGUCCAUAAAUACAAAUACAAUGUUGAGUUGAUAAAGGAAGCUGAGAACUAUAAGCCAGGACUUCCAUACAACUUAAAUAUUAGGGCAAGCUAUCAUGAUGGAUCUCCAUUGACUGACAAAGCAAAUCCAGUCACAGUCAUCGUCUCUUAUUUAUAUAGUGAGGAAAAUGCUACGUCAACUGAUUACCUUUUGGAUGAUCAUGGAAUGGCAAAAGUUGAGAUUGAUGUUCCUGUAAAUGCUACACAUCUCAGCAUUAAGGCUAAAUAUUUGGAUUCUGACUUCUAUUUGGGAUACAUAACUCAAGCAAAGUCACACAGCAAUCAAUUUAUUCAAGCUAGAAUAGUCACUGAAAAACCAAAAUUAAACCAAGAAAUCUCAGUAGAUGUAAUUGCCACAGAAGGAAUGUCCCAAAUAACAUAUCAAGUCUUAGGACGAGGUGAUGUUAUAGUAUCGAAAUCACUACCAGUUUUUGGCAGCAACAAGUAUAAUUUCCGUUUCCUUGGAUCAUUUGCAAUGGUUCCAAAAGCAACUUUAGUUGUGUAUUACAUUAGAGAAGAUGGUGAAAUUAUUUCUGAUCAUGUUAAGAUUGAGUUAGGCGAUGAGCUGAAUAAUUUUAUUGACCUUGAACUUUCACAAGACCAAGCAAAACCAGGCGAUGAUCUCAGCAUUACAAUCAGCACAAAACCAAAUUCUUAUGUCGGACUUUUGGGUGUCGAUCAAAGCGUCCUUCUUUUAAAGAAAGGCAAUGAUUUGGAAAAGUCUUCAGUUUUUGAGGAACUUGGAAAAUUCAACGAAAAGACUCGAUUCCAUAGAAGAUAUUAUGGUGAUUUCUAUGGAAGUUACAGCGACUUUGACAUAUCUGGAGCUGUGAUUGUAACCAAUGCAAAAGAGGAAAUUCAUAAUGUAAAAGUAGGAUAUAAUCCAUUCCAAAAUGAAAUAUCAAAAGUUAAGCAAAUUGAAUUUUCAACAAUAAGAACUGAGACGAGACCUCCAUUGGCAGGUCCAUAUGCAUUUUCCCGUAUACCCAAACCGCGUUGGGAUCAUCCACGAAUUCAUUUAAAGCAUGGUAUUGAAAACACGUGGUUAUUCAUGAAUUCAUUUUCUGCUGGAUACGACGGAAAGACAACAAUCUCAAAGAAAGUCCCAGACACAAUCACAUCAUGGAUUAUCACUGGCUUUUCUGUUGAUCCAUUAACCGGUCUCGGAUUGACUAGACAACCAUCAAAAUUCAAUGUUUUCCAGCCAUUCUUUGUGUCAACAAAUCUACCAUAUUCCAUUAAGCGUGGAGAAGCAGUUGCAAUUCCAAUUGUUGUAUUCAAUUACAUGGAAACUGAUCAACGAGCUGAGGUCAGACUAUACAAUGACGAGAAGGAAUUUGAGUUUGUUGAAGUCAGUGAUGAUGAAAAUAAUUUGAACAGAGAAAAGAGAGCAAUUGAGACACAAAGAAGGAAGAAUGUUGUUAUUAAAUCGAAUAGCGGCUCUUCUGUCUCAUUCAUGAUUCGUCCAUUGAAGGUCGGUCAGAUUAAAAUCAAGGUCACUGCUACAUCUCAAAAUGCAGGCGAUGGAUUGGAAAGGAUGUUGAUUGUUGUGCCUGAAGGUGUGACUCACUAUAAGAAUAAAGCUGUUUUUGUAGAUUUGAGGAAUGGAAAUGAAGUUAAGGCAAAUAUUAAUAUUGAUAUUCCUAAAAAUGCUAUUCCUGACUCCGUACAUGUUGAGGCAUCAGCUAUUGGAGAUGUUUUGGGACCUUCAAUCGAGAAUAUUGAUAAAUUGAUAAAAUUGCCAUACGGAUGUGGAGAGCAGAACAUGCUUAACUUCGUUCCAAACAUUGUCGUCCUUGAUUAUCUCACAAACUUAAACAAACUUAAUCCUGACAUUGAAUCAAAAGCAAAGAAAUACAUGGAAACAGGAUAUCAAAGAGAAUUAGGAUAUAAACAUAAUGACGGUUCCUACAGUGCAUUUGGAAAGAAUGACAAAUCGGGAUCAACAUGGCUUACAGCAUUUGUUGCCAAAUCUUUUAAUCAAGCAUCAAAAUACAUUCUUGUGGACAAAGCUGUUGUAAAGCAAGCUCUAGAAUUCUUAAAGAAUGUCCAAAGUGCCAAUGGAAGUUUCCCAGAAGUUGGACAAGUUUCACAUAAGGACAUGCAAGGUGGAGCUUCAAAAGGUAUUGCACUGACUGCCUACACAUUGAUUACAUUCUUGGAAAAUGAAAGCUUCAAAGACGAAUAUAGGAACACAAUUAAUAAGGCUCUUGACUAUAUUGUAAGGAACUUCAAUCAACUUGAGGAUAAUUAUUCAUUAGCUAUUGCAACUUAUGCCCUUGAACUUGCCAGACACGGUUCAAAAGAUGCCUUCCUUGCUAAAUUCGACAGCAAAGCUACAAAUAAGGAUGGUAUGAAGCAUUGGGCAAAAGCUGUUGCAGAAUCUGACGAAAAAAGUCCAUGGAAUCUUCAACCAAAUGCCAUCAAUAUCGAAAUGUCUGCUUAUGGCUUACAAGCUUUACUUGAAGCUGGAUUAGACUCUGACGCAAUUCCAGUUAUGAAAUGGCUUGUUACACAAAGGAAUGAAAACGGUGGAUUCCAAUCAACACAAGACACUGUUGUUGGUCUUCAGGCAUUGUCAAAGCUUGCCACAAAGAUUUAUGUCCCAAAUAACAAUGUCUACAUGAAUCUCGAAUAUUCUGAAGGAACUGCAGCCCAAAUGAGUGUUAAUCCUGGCAACACAUUGAUUCUUCAAAAGUAUGACUUACCAGCCGACACAAAGGAAGUAAAUGUUACCGCAACUGGACGUGGCUUUGCCAUUCUCCAAAUAUCCUAUCAGUAUAAUCUCAAUGUGACAGGCGCUUGGCCACGAUUUGUAUUAGAUCCCCAAGUGAAUCGUCUAUCCAACAAAGAUUUCCUUCAUUUAACAGUAUGUACAAAUUUCGUGCCUGACAACUACACAGAAAAAUCGAAUAUGGCUGUUAUGGAAGUUUCAUUCCCAAGUGGAUUUACAUUUGAUGUUGACACGAUACCAUUCUUAAGGGAUACACAGAAAGUGAAGAAAGUUGAGACGAAAGAGGCAGAUACAGUCGUGGUUGUGUAUUUUGAUGAAAUUGAAAGAACUGAGCUUUGUCCUGUAUUUAAAGCAUAUCGUACUCACAAAGUUGCUAAGCAAAGACCUGCACCUGUUAUAAUUUAUGACUAUUAUGAUAGCUCACGAAGAGCUACGCAGUUCUAUUCAGCAAGACCAGCAAGUCUUUGUGAUAUUUGCGAACAAGAGGACUGUACAGAAGUUUGUAAAAUUCGCGCAUCAAGAAGAAUAUCGAAUGAUACAGAAUCAGGCGAAUUUAACAGAAUUAAAGAUUCCAAGGGUCAUGCUAAUCAAAUGUCUAGUCCAUUAAUAAUUUUGUUUAUGAUCGCCAUAACAAAAUAUAUCUUGAGAGUUUAAGGAACGUUGUCUGAAUGUUAAUUAAUUAAUAAUAAGUAAGGUUGUGACUGCAAGCAAAGUAACAAAUUUUUCCAAUUGCGCUUCGAAUUUUAUUUUUUGUCAUUUUUAAAAGUUUUUAAUAAAGUUAAUCGAAAUUUUCCAACUGA